AAGUUAGUCUACCUUUGUAAAGCGCACCGCUCGCGUACAUAUAAUAUAUACAUAUCUAUUUUUUCGUCUUUUACGUUUUUAUUUAAUUUUAUUGAAAAUCUUUUAGUAAUAAGAGAUCAAGCCGAAACAUAUGGUCCUUCGCCCGGAACGUCUAGUGAAUAUCGGAAACGUGAAAGUGCGAAAAUUUGCGUAACGAAAGUGCGUUAUUAGGGUACGUGAGUUAAGCGUUGUAUGUGCGUGUUCGUAAAUAAUUCUAACGCAUCGAGUUCGAAAAGGGUUAAUUUCUGCCCAACGUAGUGCGUAGCAGCAACGAUUGCUAUACGCGGAAUAAAAUAAUAUUAUUAUAUAUUAUUAACGUAUUUUAAUUUAAAGUUCGUGUAAGUGCAUUAGAUAUCGUCAUAAGUAUUGUGAAACAAAUAUAGUUAAGUGUAAAAAACCCGUGCGCAAUAUUUAUAGUGUCGGCGUACAGCAGUUAUUGUGGUACUAUCGUUAUAGUUGUACUUUGCUCAAAUUACCACGAACGCUCUCUGACAGUUAAUAGAGCGUACAUAUAUAUAUAUAUAUAUAUAUUAGUAACGGUCAGCUGAGGCGGUUGGUUUCUUUUGGAACAAUUAUUUAUUAUCGGUAAAAACCAACAAAACAAAUUAUGCCUGAAGAUAAUCGCAAAAAUGAAGUUACGCGAUUAAGCAUAAAGAGAGGUCAAUUAAAAUCAGCAUUGACAAAAUUUUUAAAGUUUGUACAAGACGAAAAGUCGGACCUAAUUGAAAUUCGGCUUAGAAGAGAAAAAAUUGAGGAAGCAUGGAGCGAGUACGACCAAGUACAGUUGGAAAUCGACAUGCUAGAAGGGAUAAACGUAGAGGAACAGCAAAAUUAUAGAGCUGAUUUUGAAGACUCAUACUUUAAAGCCAGUACGAUUGCGGAGAAGAGGCUAUCUGAAUUGAGUAGGGUAGUCAGCAACGCGUCAGACGCUAUUGUAGGGAAUACGGCAGCAACAUCUUCAAUCGUAGCGACACCAACAGUAGCGGGUGCCAGCUAUUAGAUUAGCCCCGCUAGAUAUCCCAUCAUUUCAUGGCGACUAUAAGCAAUGGACAACAUUUUAUGAUAUUUUUUCGGCAUUAAUUCAUACCAACGACCAAUUGUCAGACAUACAAAAAUUUUUUUAUUUGAAAGCGGCUUUAAAAGACGAUGCCAAACAGGCUGUUAAUCGUUUGGAAAUCACGGCGUCAAAUUACGCAGUGGCAUGGCGGACAUUAAUUGAAAGAUAUAACAAUAAAAAAAGUCUAAUACAAGCCCAUGUAAAAGCGUUAUUUCACUUAGAGACGUUAACUGUAGAAUCAGCAAUUAAACUUCGAGCGUUUACAGAUUCAAUAAAAGGACACAUGCAAGCAUUAAGAACCCUUGAUCAAGAGCCAGAGUCGUGGAGUCCUAUGUUAACGUAUUUAGUAACCACCAAGUUAGAUAGAAGUUGUCUUCGAGCGUGGGAAACGGAAUCGGCUCAGGACUCUCUUCCUACAAUUAUCGAAUUGGUGGAAUUUUUAGAAAAACGGUUUAAAAUUUUAGAAGCGAUCGAAUCAUCUAAAGCCAUAAAUCAGAGAAACGCAACAGCACCGGCUACCCAUAGUCAAGAUGUCAGAAAAUCUAUGGUACGGAGCAAUGCUUAUGCGGUGACAAAUUCGGACAAAAAAUGCUUUAAUUGUCACUCAAAUCACUCGGUGUAUCGAUGUACUAGUCUUUUGGCCUUGUCCGUAGUUGAACGCAUUAAGCGCAUUAGUGAGCGCAAUUUAUGCAGGAAUUGUCUACAGGCACACCCUAAGAAAAUAUGUUUGGCUCGAGGCUGUUUUAAGUGUGGCAAGCCACAUAAUACACUUUUACACUUGAGUGCACGGACCGAUCAGUCAGAGUUCAACUCAGCAACAAACGUAACGGAAAAUUCGGAAAAUAGCGAGUCAGAACAAGUAGUUCAAAAUGAAUUAGCAACCGUUAGUGCACAUACUAGCUUACCGGCUGCUACGUCGAUAUUAUUACCAACCGCAGUUGUUUUGGUCAAGAGUAAUCGUGGUGAAUGGGAGCAAUAUCGCGUGUUACUGGAUUCUGCAUCACAAAGUAACUUUAUAACCGAACGUAUGGCACAGAUUUUGCGGUUACCGAAAACCCAUGUCGACCAAAGCGUCCAAGGAAUUGGUGGAAACGUACAAAGAAUUAAAUCGCGCGUAAUGGUUACAGCCAACUCCCGUUUAAAUGACUAUUCAGUAACAUUGUCAUGUUUAGUAGUUAAGAACAUUACGAGUAACCUACCAGGCAUCCGACUAAAUGAUAGCUGCGUGGUUCCGAAAGCUAUAGUCUUAGCGGAUCCGCGUUUCACCGUGCCACAGAAGAUUGACCUAUUAAUAGGAGCUGGUCAUUUCUAUGAUUUAAUGUCUGCAGGUAAAAUAAAGCCACGACCAGGCGGUCCUGUAUUUCAGGAAACAAAGUUCGGAUGGGUGGUUGCCGGUUCAUCGAAAAAUCAACUCAAUAGUAUAAAUCAACAAACGGCGGUUUUCCUCGCGGUGAAUGACAAUUAUAACCAAUCACUAGAAAAGGUAGCUGAAUGUGAAUUCAGUAAGUAUCCUGACGCGUGUCAAUCAUUAGUUAACGAUUUUUAUGUGGAUGAUUGGUUAGGCGGUGCAAUGAAACGGGCAGAGGCAAUAACAUUACGAGACAAUAUUAUUACCGUAACGAAAGGUGCCGGUCUACAUUUACGGAAAUGGGCAUCAAACGAUAAUAGGUAGUUUAUUACCUGCCGAACACAAUAAAGAUAGUGACGGUCCGCGUAUUAUCGAUAACGACACGACGAAAAUAUUAGGCCUGUGUUGGGAUCCGCCAUCGGAUUCAUUUAAGUAUACAUUAAGUGAAACAUAAUAAACAAUAACGAUAUAACAAAGCGAACAAUUUUAUCGAAUAUAGCUACAAUUUUUGAUCCCCUUGGUUUGCUCGGACCUGUGUUAGUUGUCGCAAAAAUUAUCAUGCAACGUUUGUGGUGCAUUCAACUCAGUUGGGACGAACUCGUUUCGGAGGAAGUCGCUGUAGAAUGGCGUAAUUAUAGUGCACAAUUAACAACAUUAAAUAAGUUCAGUAUUCCAAGAUAUAUACUAUGUGAAAAUAAAAUCGUUAAAUUACAGUUACACGGUUUUGCCGAUUCAUCUAUCAGAGCGUAUGGUGCAUGUGUUUACAUUAGAAGUACUGACGAAAACGGCCAGCACACGGUGCGUUUGCUACAAGCGAAGUCCAAGGUCGCGCCCAUAAAAACGAUAUCGCUGCCUCGACUAGAAUUGUGCGCAGCCCUAUUAUUAGCACGAAUGGUAAACGGAAUAGUGCCGAAGUUGAAAUGCAAAUUCGAGCGACAAUUUUAUUGGACCGAUUCGAGCGUAACCCUAGCUUGGAUUUCAUCUCCAUCUGCUAAAUGGAAAACGUUCGUGGCGCAUCGUGUUGGUGAAAUACAAGACAAAACGUCCAUAAAUGAUUGGCGUCAUGUCCGCUCGGAGGACAAUCCUGCUGAUUUAAUAUCACGUGGCUGUACUCCAAACGAAUUGCGAAUUAAUGCGAUGUGGUGGAACGGUCCCCAUUGGUUGAAGGAGGAGUACGAGAAAUGGCCGAAGUCAUGUGUACAAUACAGUAGUACAAAUAAUAUACCAGAAGCCAAAAAUACGAACGAAACAACAAUUACGACUGUUGCAUGCGUAGCGUACGAUAAAUGUUAUUCGUUGUUAUCUAGAAGGUCGUCGUUAUUAUUUAUCAUCAGAGUGACGGCGUAUUGCCUACGCUGGCGGUAUAACAUGAAUCGAGCAGUAGGUGAUAAAAAUAAUGGGCCGUUAACGGUAAACGAACUAGAUAUAGCAAAUACGACAAUCAUCAAAAUAAUUCAACGCGCACAUUUUCGGCAAGAAUUGAGAGAGUUAAAUAGUGCAAAUGCGAAUGUGUCAAAAAAAAGUAAACUACUGCGUCUUAGUCCAUAUAUUGAUGGGGAUAAUAUUAUACGCGUCGGAGGUCGUUUAAAAUACGCUAUGGCGUUAAAUGACAAUCAGAGACAUCAAAUUGUAUUGCCGGAUAACUGUCUUUACACAAAAUUAUUAUUCCGUAAAGAACACAUGGAUUUGAUGCACAGUGGACCUCAAGCCUUGGUGGCCUCUAUUAGGCAGCGCUACUGGCCUUUAAAGGCGCGAAGUUUGGCUCGUACUAUAAUACACAAUUGCGUUAAUUGUUUCAAACUGAAACCUCAAAUAGUACAACCGAUCAUGGGGAGUCUGCCUGGUUCACGGGUACAGAGUGUAAGAGCAUUUGCCAUAUGUGGUGUAGAUUUUGCGGGUCCAGUCAUGAUAAGAACGAGCUUGCGUCGUAAGGCACCAUGUAACAAAGGAUACAUCAGCAUAUUUGUAUGUUUCGCGACAAAGGCGAUACAUAUCGAACUCGUGAGCGAUUUGUCAACGAAGACAUUUUUACAGGCGUUGAACAGAUUUUUUGAUCGACGUGGCAAAAGUUCAAUAAUUUACAGUGAUAACGCCCGAAAUUUUGUGGGCAUGCGUCGGCAUUUAAAGGAGGUGUACGCACUUUUCCAGUCCCCAGAACAUCAGCGAUCCGUUUUCUCUCAUCUAGCGGACAAAGGAAUUGAGUGGCGAUUUAUACCACCCCGUGCGCCACAUUUCGGUGGACUUUGGGAGGCUGCGGUCAAAAGUAUGAAAAGUUUGCUAUAUCGCGUUUUAGGAGAAGCUCGGCUCACGUACGAAGAAUUAUUAACUGUACUAACGAGAGUGGAAGCGGUACUUAACUCGCGACCAAUAACUCCAGUAUCCUCUGAUCCGGCUGAUCUAACCUAUCUCACACCAGGUCAUUUUUUAAUUGGCGAUAUAAUGACUGCCAUACCGGAAAAGGACGAGACGACCACGCCUAUUACUCACUUAAAUAGGUGGAGAAUAGUCUCUCAUUACACCCAAGUACUUUGGAAACGGUGGCACCAAGAGUACUUAUCUCAACUACAGGAAAGAACCAAAUGGUCCAGCACGAAAGGGCCUAAGUUACAAAUUGGAACUAUUGUGUUGGUAAAAGAGACAAAUUUACCACCACUCAAAUGGCAAGCUGGGCGUGUAAUAGAAUUAUACUGUGACGAUGACAACGUGGCACGAUCAGCAAAGGUUCGUACUAACGUCGGCGAGUUUUCACGAGCGGUCAGGUUAUUAUGUCCGUUACCUUUUGAAGGCAACAGUUUGUAGCCAGUUUGUAAUUUAUUUAAAUUUCUUAUAAUUCGUAGUUAAUAUAUAUGUGACAUGUCCCGUGUGGGAUUAAUCAUUAAUUUUUCCAUAAUGAAUUUGUUUCUAAUGAUUAUUUGUAUAUUAAUUUUUUUUUGUAUUUAUGUAUUACCUUUUACGUUUUUAGUUGUUGCGAAAUUUGUUCCUAGAUUAUAGUUGUUUUUGUUAUCUUUUACUUUGAAACAAAUAUUUCAAGGCGGGCGGUGUGUUUAGGCCUACACAAUAAGUGUAGCUAUUUUUGUCUUAUCUUACCGUUGUUCGGCGGCUGCAUAGUUGUCCGGUUUUAAAGUUAGUCUACCUUUGUAAAGCGCACCGCUCGCGUA